AUGCAUGGUCGUUCUAAACACAUUGAUGUCCGAUUUUACUUUCUUCGAAAUCUUACCAAGACUGGAUCUGUCAAGAUGAUAGAAAGCACCACCACAAUAGUUUUCUUGCUUGCAAUAGUUGCAACUGAGAAGAGGUUAUCACUAAUCAAGGCAUGGGAAGAAAGUGAAAAAUCAAAAGCUGAAAACAAGGCACAUAAAAAUCUUUCAGCCAUUUCGGCAUGGGAAAACAGCAAGAAAGCUUCAGUCGAGGCAGAUCUAAAGAAAAAAGAAGAAGAAUUGGAGAAGAAAAAAGCAGAAUAUGCAGAAAAGAUAAAGAACAAAAUAGCUGAAAUUCACAAGGAAGCUGAAGAGAAAAGAGCAAUAAUUGAGGCAAAGAAAGGAGAAGAACUUCUGAAGGAGACAGCUGCAAAGUAUAGAGCAACUGGAACAGCUCCAAAGAAACUCCUAGGCUGUUUCUAAACCUUCAAACAUAAAACAUUGUCCAAAACAAAAAGUGUUC